UGAUCUUUUUAUAUUCUUGCAAUGCAAUCAACCUCUUGGUCUAUGUUGUCUGAAUGGAGUUUUCCAGAAUAGACAAAGGAGAAAGGUUGAACUUAGAAACAUGGAACAAUACAUAUGUGUUCCUACUUCCAAAAUAUCAGCCGUAAUUGAACAUCAUGAAGGCCUCAAAAAGAACAACUGCAGUCUUGCUUUUCGUACUCACUUUUACAGCAAGCAUCAGCUUGAUCAACUCUGCAUUGUGCGGAGAAAGAGAGAAACAAGCUCUUUUGAGCUUCAAGCAAGAGUUAGACGAUCCCUCCAAUCUCCUGUCCUCUUGGGACGCAACGGUUGAUUGCUGUGAAUGGGACGGUGUCCUCUGCGACAACUUGACCGGCCAUGUGUCUGAGCUCCACCUCCAGAGCCCUGAUUCUGGUUCAGGAUUGGGAGGCAAAAUAGCCCCUUCUCUGCUCAGUCUGAAGCAUCUGAGGUUCCUCGACUUAAGUCAAAAUGAUUUCACAGGGACACAGAUUCCAGGCUUCUUUGGUUCAUUGGUAAGUCUAGAGUAUGUCAACUUAUCGUAUGCUGGAUUCCGAGGGAUCAUUCCUCAUCAUCUCGGAAACCUGUCAAAUUUACGUACUUUAGAUUUGAGUGGAUCGUUAGAGGUUGACAGCCUUGAAUGGUUGUCGGGCCUUUCUCAUUUGGAGUUCUUGAACUUUAACUAUGUGAACCUCAGCAAAGUGCCCAACUGGUUGCAGGUGGUAAACAAGUUGCCUAACUUAAUAGAGUUGCAUCUGUCUAGUUGUGGUCUUGACGGUAUUGCUCCUCUUGAUAUUACUAAUUUUUCGUCCCUAGCUGUCCUGGAUUUGUCGAGUAACGAAUUCCAAUCUCUCGUUCCAAACUGGAUUUUUACUCUUACCAAUUUAGUAUCUCUUCAACUGCAAAGAAACAACUUUGAGGGUCCAAUUCCAAGUGCUGAAACAAACAUGACCAAUCUCCGGUUUCUUGAUCUCUCCCAGAAUAGGUUCAAUUCUACUUUGCCUUACUGGCUGUUCAAUUGUCGAAACCUGGAGUCUGUCUCUUUGAGUAUCAAUUUCCUCUAUGGAAGCAUUUCUGAUUCAAUUGCGAAUCUGAGCUCUUUGAGAGUCCUUGAUCUCUCCUCUAACCAGCUUUCAGGGAAGAUUCCUUGGCAAGUUGGAAAUCUUUGCAACUUGCAAAUUCUUGAACUUUCUUUCAACGAAUUGCAAGGAGAGUUGUCCGAAGUUUUUGGAAGUAGUAUGUCUGAAUGCUUUUUAGCUUCUUUGGAGACAUUAGGCCUUAGAGGGAAUCGUCUGUCUGGUCAACUGACAGAACAACUUGGAGAAUUUGAGAAUAUUCAGACACUUGAUCUUGGUAACAACUCAUUUACUGGUCCAAUUCCUGUUACUUUAGGAAGGUUGUCAUCCUUGACAAUACUGAGACUAGAUAACAACAAAUUGACGGGAACAUUUCCUCUGAGUUUUGGACAGCUUUCCAACUUGGAAGUUCUUGUAAUGGAAAACAACAUGCUGGAAGGUGUUGUGACUGAAAAUCACUUUGUCAAUCUUACUAAACUAACUAUAAUCUCAGCCUCUGGAAAUCCCUUGACAUUAAAAGUGUCUGAAGAUUGGACUCCACCCUUCCAACUGACCACUAUCUUUCUGAAUUUAUGGAAUUUGGGCACUCAGCUUCCCUUGUGGCUCCAAACCCAGAAAAGCGUUUCUGUGCUCGACUUAUCUUGCACUGGAAUCUCUGGAGAGAUUCCUAAAUGGUUCUGGAACUUAUCUAUGAUAAGUUCUAUGAAUCUAUCCCACAACCAACUUUCUGGCGAACUUCCUGACAUAAAUGGUCCAAAUUGGGUGUACUUGAGUUCUAACAUGUUCAGUGGUCCGUUACCCCGUGUAUCAUACAGUGUCAGUGAGCUAGAUCUCUCGAACAACUCAUUUUCAGGAGGCAUUUCUCGUAUUUUAUGCAGCAAUAAGACGAAUUCUUUGACUAUUCUUCAUCUCGGCAGAAACCAAUUAUCGGGAGAAAUUCCCGACUGCUGGAUAAGUUGGCCGUCAUUACAAGUGAUAAAUCUUGGAAACAAUAAUUUAUCUGGAACCAUUCCAGGAUCCAUGGGACUCUUGGGAAAUCUGCUGUCUUUGAACUUAUACGACAAUGCUCUGUCCGGAAUGAUACCUUAUUCUCUACAGAACUGCACAAGGUUGAUAAAACUUGACCUGUCUGGAAAUAAGUUAGUUGGAAAUGUUCCUGCAUGGAUAGGGACAAGCCUGUCCAGCUUGAGGAUUCUCAUUCUGCGGUCUAACAUGUUAAGUGGAAAAAUUGCUCAAGAAAUUUGCAGCCUCAGCUUUCUUCAUAUCCUGGACCUGGCAGAAAAUGAUUUUUCUGGUGGUAUACCUACAUGUGUCGGCAAUUUGACAGCGAUGAGUUCAGAAAGCAAGUUGGCAAAUUUCAGUGGCGAAACUUACUAUUCUUAUUUUAUGGGUGUGUUCAUGGAGAGUGCUCUUUUGGCAACGAAAGGAAGUGAAUUCCAAUACGAUACGAUUCUUUCACUGUUCAGCAGCAUCGAUCUUUCAAACAAUCAAUUAUCAGGACAAGUUCCUGAGGAACUAACUAGCCUUGCUGGAUUGAGAUCGUUAAACCUGUCAGGAAAUGAUUUAACUGGAGUGAUCCCAACUAGUAUCGGUAAAAUGGAACUUCUGGAAUCCCUUGAUCUGUCAAGAAAUCGGCUUUCUGGUGAGAUUCCACUCAGCAUCACCCAUCUCAACUUUUUGAAUUAUUUGAACUUAUCGUUCAAUAACUUGUCGGGAAGAAUACCUGUCAGCACCCAACUCCAGAGCUUUAGCUCGUCCAGUUUUACCGGAAACGAGCUCUGCGGCCUUCCACUCCCAACGAAUUGUACUGCCGAUGGUGGAAAUCCAGGUCCGAAGAGUAGUGAAGAAGAAGAUGGAUCAGGUUCUGGACCUGAAAUCAACUGGUUUUAUGUGUCUGUGGCUUUGGGAUUCAUUGUGGGGUUCUGGGGGUCAUGUGGGACUUUGAUCUUCAAGAAGUCAUGGAGAGUUGCAUACUUCAGAUUUGUAGUUGAAAUGUGGAGAAAAGUUUGUGAUUCUUGAUCAUGAAAUUUGGAUCAGUUUUGAUGAUGCGCAUUCCCUAUACAAUAAUACUGAGCUCUAUGUCUGAUAAUCAUAUCCUUUACAAUAUCUAGUCCUUGGACUGCAUGUAAUAUGUAUCAUCAUUCUACUUUAUUUAGUUCUUGUAAUGAUUUUUGGACUUUAAUA